AUGAUUCCAAGUCAGCAAAAACGACUAUCAUUUUACGAAGAUGUUCAAAAAGCAAUAAUAAAACAAAAUCCAUGGAUAAAAUUUAUUAAUGUUAUACUUGCGCUCAUAAUUUUUAUACUUUUUACCGUUUAUGAUUUUAAAGCAAUCGGAGUGUUAAAUGAGCAAAGUGACAAAGUAAUUGGCACAAGUCAACGUCUAAAAUACAAUGAUAAUCAUGGAUUAGAGAUUAUUGGAUGGUGCUGUUGGA